CGAAGGUGCAACUCGCAACUCCUCACCACUCGUCUGCCGUACCAUCUUCCUCUCCAUCAUGGCCUCUGCUGCUGCUGGACCAUCGUCCUCGUCGAUGUUCCAGGUCAUCUCGUCUUCAGCGGCUCCUUCGACCUCGUCGACUUCAGACGCCUUCCGUCCGGCCUCUCACCACGUUCACCUCUCGGGCCAUUCACAGUACCCAGAUGAAGAUGAAGACGAAGAAGUUGGGGGCGAUGCAGACUACUCCUCAGGCACAAAGCUAGCGACACCGGGACAGGUGCUAGGCUCUCUCUCGACGUAUAUGAGGGGUCAUGGUACCCACCUCAUCCCCUCCACCCACCCAGCUCAGCCUAGCCAGAUCGCCUCGUCCCUCACAGGGCGAGUGAUUCUGACCAACCGCCUCCUGUCGCUGCAGCCCUUUUACACUCGCUACUCCCCCGAAACAGGAGAUCUGGUAUUAGGAAGGGUGCUGAGCGUGCUUCCCGGAGCUCGAAGAUGGAAGAUCUCCCUCGGGGCCUCUUCCCUCUCCAAUCUGGCCCUUUCAGCUAUCAAUCUUCCAGGCGGAAUACAACGUCGCAAAGUCUCUUCGGACGAGCUGCAGAUGCGUACUUUCUUCAAAGAAGGGGACUUGCUAGUGGCAGAGGUACAAGGAGUGUACAAUGACGGCAGCACUUCGCUGCAUACUAGAAGUCUGAGGUAUGGCAAGCUGAGAAAUGGAAGGCUGGUGUGCGUCCCUUCGCGGCUGGUGAGGAGGGGGAAGUCGCAUUUCAUCAGGCUCAAGAGAGGUACAGGUGCUGCUCUCGAGGAAGUAGACAUGAUCCUGGGUCUCAAUGGAUGGGUCUGGCUCAGCGCUGUGGGAGCUAUGCAGGGCAGCGAGACAUCAGCUUCGGCUGGGCAAGGUAAUGAAGUCGAGGACAGAGGCGGGAGGGGUGUAGGCAGGGAUGUAGAUGCAGGAGGUACUUACAGCGAUCAGCUCAAGCUGCCAUCGCCUCAGAUUCUAUCUACCCUGUCUAUGCUGGCGUCUCUUCUGGCUCUUCUCUCUUCGGCGUAUCUUCCCAUCUCUGAUCAAAGCGUGCAAUUAGCUUGGGACGUUGCCUCGGAUCUCCGAGAGGACGGCGAUGUGAAGGACGAGGACAUGGAGGAGGGUGGUGGAGCUGAUGACUAUUGGUCGACGGUACUCAGGAGGAUCAAGGAGGAGCUCAAGAGGAGCGGUGAGAUUGGACAUGCAGCUGCUGCCGGUGCUGGACUGGAUGGCUAUGGCUCGAGAAAGAUGGACGAGGACGAGGACUACUGAGUGAUUCCCGUUCGGCCUUUCCCGAACAAUCGGCAAUCUUUUUCACUGUUCCGCACUGCUGAGGCAUAUUCUGUAGCGCUGAAGAUACCGGUAUCGAGUCCAGAGCCCCAUGACCUCCACACGAUUGCCCUCAACAGCAUGCACAAUUGCCCUCAACAGCAUG